UAGGAAGCUGUUACAUGUUAGCCAGGUUAAAACAAGUGAGGUGAGACGUUAAUAGCAUUUUAUGUUGCAUUGCUUUGCUUGGUCCACGUGUCUGAUAGCGUCCACGUUCCUUAGCUAUAAACUCUGUAUUUGAUUCUAGGCUUUAGUGGUUUACCAUGACUCCCAAGCACCAACACACACUACUGUCUAGUGUCUAGAUGCUGUUGUCGAUCCGCCCAACCGCCCUAACCAAUGGUUUUUGGUUAAAUCAGCGUGCUCACCCAAUUUAUUGAUUUUCAUUAAACUCUUAAUUUAUUUUCAUGGUGUAAGUUACAGAUUGGCCGCCAAAGUGGACGACAUCGAAUGCACUAUAUCAGUAGUGCUAAUUGACAGCUCUAUGUACCGACUCAUUCUACAACAUGGAUCGCUUGGUGAUAAGUUUUCGCGUAUCAAGAAAAGAGCUGCAUGUGAAAACUUCGAAACAAAAUUUAGCAGGUUGCAUCUGCGAAUUUACACCAUCUCUGAUAUUCGGAUAUCAAAUCCGAAAAUAAAUCUCCUCUUUUAUAAGUAUCUAAUUUCUUGAACUACUAAAUUUACAAAAAUAUAUUAGCAAGCCGUAUGAUAUUUGAGAUUGGUUAUUAGAUAGAUUUCCGUUAAGUUAGUUCAGAUUUCCACUCGCAAAAUAUACCUUGAAUCACGAAGGGCUGAUGCAAGUGCAUAGAUGAGAAACAUUUGAAUACUGCAAUGUUCUGGCAUCAACAGGUUCGUUAGCAAUCCAAUGCGCGUAGUAAAUAUGCAACCAAGCACAUGUUUAAAUGAAUGGCGCCAUCGCGUGCAGCAUGUUUACAGAUAUAAAACGUUUCGCUGUCAAGGUGGACUCACAAGGUCGCCAAAUCUAUCAUGUCCCACAGGUGGGAUAUGGGGGGCGUUUCUUUUCCUGCCUUGCAUUCUUUGUUGUCUCCAUCUCAUGGGAACAUCGGAAGGAAAUUCCAAUAGGAUAGAUAUACAUGUCUAGUGUAUUUUAGUCAGUGUAUAGUGAUUCAUCUUCCAGACUGGAUGGCCCCAUAGCAACUGUGAGCACGACACUGCUAUUUUUCACUUUCAGUUUGUGUUAGUUCCUGGAAAUUGGAUUGGAAACGGUUAAAUCCCACCAGGUGUUCUGUGCUGGAAUUUUAUUAAUGACCCGUCGUCGCAACUGUUGAAAAUGAAUUUGCUGGAAUCCAAAUUGUUGACGAUGUCAGUGCUUGGACUAGUGUCAAUUUUUCUUGGUUUAUUACCUGUGGUGAUUCUAAGAAAACUAGGCCUUACUCCGACAUUAACUGGCGAUGUCAUGUCGCCGUUUACCAAGACGGUUGUCUCGGGAAUGUUGUGUUUCGGCGGAGGAGUCUUAAUGGGGACGGGAUUUCUCCACAUGUUACCGGAAGUCCAUGAAGGAUGGCAGAAAUAUGCAAAAGAAAAUGAAAUCGACAUUAAUCUAGCCCUUGGUAUUGUAGUCAUCUGUGGAGGUUUCUUCCUCGUAUACUUUGUCGAAGAACUGGCGCACUUGAUGGCUGAUCGUCAUGCCCACAACAAGGAAGACGUGUCCAUUCACCGGGCUGUUUCAAUUCGCGGUUGUCCGGUUAGUCUUGAAGGUCCAGCUCCUCCUUGCGAACCUUCCGGUUGUCAGAAAUCGGACGGAGACGCAUCCUGCCAAGGCAGUACCAUCUGCCAACUAGACUGCACUGAAAAGGAAUUUUGUAGAGACGUUACCGAAGGGGAAGGAUGUUCUUCUUCGAAAUUCUAUUCCAGCAAAACUGGUAGCGCGUGCUCUGCAGUUCACAACAACUUGGAUCCCAUUGAAAGGAACGAUGGAUACGGGACAUUCGGACCCGCAGAAAACGGCGUCCUGCCGCAGGCACAGGAAAAUAACCACUUGUUGAACCGUAAUCCGCAUUCCGGAAGUAGUCAAAGCUUAAAACAGAAACACUGGGUGAAAGAAGUUAAUAACACAACACUGGAACGUUCUCAGUCGGGUGGUAAUCACAGUCACGAUUUGCAUCAUCAUCAUGGAUUGAUGAUGGGCAAUGGACACUGCGUCGGAGCUCCGCUAAGAGGAUUACUUUUCAUCGUCGCUUUAUCGCUACACGAAAUACUGGAAGGAGUAGCAGUCGGUCUGCAGAAGAAUCAGUCGGGCGUUUUGCAGCUUUUUGCCGCGGUUGCCAGUCAUAAAUUCGUCAUCUCGUUUUGUGUUGGGCUGGAAUUAUCGACCAGCGGUGUCAAAGUUUUAAUGCAUACCAUUUACAUCCUCGUCUUCUCGCUCGUUACUCCAUUGGGAAUCGGUAUUGGCAUCAUCAUGACUUCUGCCAGCUCCGGUGAUGAGAAUGUGACUGAUUCGCUGAGCUCAUUAAUUAUGCAAGGUCUUGCCUGUGGAACCAUCCUUUACGUUGCUUUUUUCGAAAUACUCGAGCGCGAACGAUCUAAAUCCACCGUUGGUUUAAUUCAGUGGACACUGCUCGUCUUGGGAUUCUUGGCAAUCAUGGGACUUCAAUUAUUAACCACGGAAUCAAAUUUAGGUUUGGACGACACGAAAUUGAAUAUCACUAGUCAAGGACCGUGACCACACAAUUUCAAUUGGCCGUUUGUUUUGAAUUUUAUUUUCUCAGUAUUUUACCUUUCUUCCAUAUUUUAUCGAUCAUGGACAAACAAAAGAAAAGGAGAAUUUGCUAUUGUGCACAGUAAAGGAUUAAACGUGAUUACUAUUUUUAUCAAACUGUGCAUGAUCUCAUUUGAUAGGAUAUCGUUAGCUUUAUAGAGCCUUUGUAUGCAAUAAUUACGAAACCGAAUGCGGCGUACAAUACAAUUUUUUUAUCACACAGGAAAUUUCUCAAUCUCAGACUCCCACGUCUAAAUUCAUUGAUAAAAGAAUGUCGAUGCGAUAUACGUUGGUCUAACGAAUCAAACAACGUUGUCUAGAUUAAUACGUCGACCAUUCAUUAUUUUACAACGCAUUUCCUAUAUUCCUCCGACAGAGUUUAGAAGAGACGCAUUCAUAAUACGCAAAUUGGGGUAUCAACAUCACACAACACUGACAACAGGAAUGGAGAAAGACUUAUCCUCUUCAGUCCACCUAGAAUUGGGAAUAAAGAAAAAGAGAAAGUCUGGACAAGAAACAGAGGUUUCCCAUGGACAUUUUAUUCCCAAUUCCCGAAUUACACGUGCCCCACGAGUGAUACGCGAUGGCAAAGUGGCCGUCAUCUAUCAGCCCCAUCACGGUCUUGGUUGGUACUCAGAACAUAAGAUUGAAGCCCUUCUUUUUGCUCCCGAGAUUGUUUUCAUGAUUGAAAAAGAAGAGUCAGGUUCGAAAGUCUACGAGUAUUGCCGCAGGAUGAAGUACGGCUGGAGUGUGAUGGAUACUAUUUGUCAUGGUCUCAGCAUCAAUUGGGUGCCCGUUUCGGAAGAGUUUCGAAUCCACGAGUAUGACGGAAGAGAAACAAUUGUUUUAAAAUCUACUGAUCAAUGGUUUAUUGCUUAAACCAUGCUCAUUUGAUUGUACAAGAUUAACGUUUUAAUAUAAAUAAUUCAGCAACGUCAUGUGCGUUGUAAAUUAGGUUGAUAAAUGUUGUAAUAACAAUUCUUAUUAUCCCCCAUCGCCCAUGUGAAAUAACACCCAGCCCGCAAGGACGUAAUAAAAAUUUUUUUUUUU